AAUGGAAAAAAUUGUUAAAAUUGCCAAGUAAUAAAUUUUGGACAUUUGGUACUGUAAUGUUAUUUUGUCAAUUAUCACUUAAAUUGUCCGAUUUAUGUAUUAUAAUUUGAUUCUUUAAUGGUAAACCCUUGUAAAAUAGCUCAAAACUGGAAUUAUAAAAGAACUUAACCCAUACACAGCUUAGUUUUCAGUAGUUUUAACUCUCAAGUUGAAAAAAGUUUAAUUCGUUCAGGUGUAAAUUAUUUUAUCAGCACAAAUUUCUAUACCUUAAAUUAAUAAAUUAAUGGCAUCUCAUCUGCAAUUUUCCUCUAGAAUCAACCUUUACAAUUUUACUCCUUAAUGAAAUUGUAAAAUGAUGACAGAAUCGAAUAAUAAUACCGACCACGAGUCCUGGUACAGACUCAACAAAGUCAUCGGAAACGGCUCAUUCGGUAUCGUACACGAAGCAUACCUACUCAAAACCAACGAACAAGUCGCCAUCAAAAAAGUCCUACAAGACCCUCGAUAUAAGAAUCGUGAGUUAACGAUAAUGAAGGAUUUGCGUCAUCCGAACAUUAUAAAGCUGCGGGAUUACUACUUUACGGUGCAGUACAAUAAUUCAACCUCUACGACAACGCCUUCGAAUAAUCAAGCUAAGCCCACAAAACCCAACGGUGAGGAGAAGUACCUGAACCUGGUCAUGGAAUAUAUGCCAGACACUGUCCACAAGGUCAUGAGAACUUACUUUAAAUCACUUGGGUUUGUUCCUCUGAAUUUGAUUCGGACCUACGCGUUCCAAAUUUGCAGAGCGUUUGGGUACCUCCACUCCAUGAACAUUUGUCACCGGGACCUCAAACCACAUAACUUACUCGUAGAUCCUUUUACCAACGUACUUAAAUUGUGUGACUUCGGAAGCGCUAAAAAACUGAUCAAGGGUGACUGGAGCGUGUCAUACAUUUGCAGCAGGUUUUAUAGAGCACCUGAACUCAUGCUCGGGUCAAAUGAAUACACCACAGCCAUAGACGCAUGGUCUAUAGGCUGCGUUUUAUCUGAACUACUACUAGGGAGACCAAUUUUCUGCGGAGAUACCUCCAUCGAUCAACUCGUCAAAAUUAUACAAAUUCUAGGUACGCCGAGUGUGAUUGAGAUGAAGGCUAUGAACCCGGACUACAAUAAUAUAAAUUUCCCGAAUUUGAAGCGUGUGGAGCUGAGUACGAUUUUCCCCAAGAACACUGAUCCGGAUUUAAUUAACCUAAUUUCUAACCUCCUGAGAUAUGAUCCCACUGAACGCCUUAAACCCCUAGACGCACUCACUCACGUGUUUUUCAAACCUCUAAUCAUUAAAACUGCCAAUCACGUCAGCUGUACAUCUCAUCGGGAUCUAAACUCUUUACACACCGGGAGCACACUUAACACUGGGAAUACUGGGAACACUGUUAAUACUGUUAACACGGGGAAUCCUGGGGGAGUGGGAAUGAUGGAUGAGUUGAUAGUGGACAUAAUUAACCCGAAUCUGGUGCCUAAUAACCUCUUUGACUUUACUCUUGAGGAAGUCAACUACAUGUCACCACACACCAAAGAAUAUUUUAAUCUCAUAUAA